AUGGAGCAACCCAUGUCCAAAGUUAAAGGAUCCAUCACAUCCGUAAGCGAGAUGUCAGACAGUUUUACUCAAAGUGACAAACUUUGUGGAUGGGGCACUUUCCGUCCAUUUUGCUUACAGAACUUUCGUACCCCACAGUGGGUUCUUUUCUGGUUGUGCUGGGCCGGAGCUUUACAAGGGCUCAUCGUGAAUGGGUUCAUUAACGUGGUCAUAACCACCAUCGAGAGAAGGUAUGAAUUGAAAAGCACCGAAACUGGACUCGUUGCGGGAAGUUACGACAUUGCGUCGUUUCUUUGUCUGAUUCCUAUAAGUUAUCUUGGUGGCUCUCGUAGCAAGCCAUUUUUUAUAGGAAGUGGACUUGUAAUUUUAGCCUUUGGAUCUCUAGUAUUUUCAUUACCUUAUUUCCUUGCUGGCCCAUAUACAUUCAGCCAGGAACAAGACUUUCUGUGCCAUCCAGGACUUUAUACUUUGAACUAUUCAGUCACAUGUUCACCCAAAGACUCUGCGCUUUCAAAUUAUAAAUAUAUAUUUUUUCUUGGUCAGUUACUUCAUGGAGCUGGGGCUGUGCCAUUAUAUACUCUGGGAUGUACCUUUAUUGAUGAUAAUGUUUCUACUAAAAUGUCGUCGGUUUAUUUAGGUAUCUUUUAUACUAUGGCUAUUAUUGGACCUGCCCUUGGUUAUCUUAUGGGUGGACAGCUGUUAAAGCUUUAUGUUGAUUAUGGAGUAGAUGCCAAUGAGCUUGGCUUGUCUCCGUCCAGUACUGUUUGGGUUGGUGCUUGGUGGAUUGGUUUUGUAUUUGCUGCAAUUCUUGGGUUGUUAAUUGCUAUACCUAUGCUUGCAUUUCCUAAGACCUUGCCUUGUACAGAAAAAGUGAAAGCUGGAAAAGUGAGUGAAAUGCACCAAAAACUAGGUGAAAGCAAAGCAGCCAAAGUUGAUUUUGGAUCUAGUAUUUCAGACUUACCUGCAUCAUUUAAACUUCUGAUAACAAACCCAACAUUCGUUUUUUUGAGCUUAGCUGGAGCUAGUGAAGGUAUUUUAGUUGCUGGGUUAGCAACAUUUCUUCCGAAGCUUAUAGAAUCUCAGUUUAGCUACCAAGCUAGCUUUGCUGCCUUCAUUGUUGGAACUGUCACUAUACCUGGUGCUGGAGGCGGUAAUCUAAUUGGUGGAUAUAUUGUAAAGAGAUUUAAAAUGAAAUGCGGCAAUAUUAUUCGUAUCUGCAUAGUCUUUUCUGUGAUAUGUCUCGCAUUUUCAUUUAUUUUUAUUCUUCACUGUCCAGAUGCUAAAUUUGCUGGUGUCAAUGAGCAAUUCUUAAACAAAACGGAUGGUUCUAGGUUUGUUUCAAGUUGCAGUGCUGAUUGUCUUUGUUCAGAUCAAAACUAUGAUCCUAUUUGUGGUGUGGACAAUACCAUAUACUAUUCUCCUUGUUUUGCUGGAUGUCACCAUAUGUAUCAAGAUAAUGAAAGAAAGGGUUAUGGUUCAUGCAAAUGUAUAGAAAGUGAAGGCAUCAAUAUGACUUUUGGAGGUGAAAAUUAUACCAUCCAAGCAACCCGUGAAAAAUGUGAUAACAUGUGCUUACACGGUCCUCUAUUUUUGGCUGUAAUCUUCUUCUGCAUGUUCUUCACAUUUUUGGUUAGCAUGCCAUCCUUAUCAGCUACUUUAAGAUGUGUUGCUGAAUCUCAGAAAUCAUUUGCCUUGGGAAUUCAAUGGAUGACUGUCAGAUUACUUGGAACAAUUCCGGCUCCGGUCCUUUUCGGCUGGUUAAUUGAUCAAAGCUGUAUGCUCUGGCAAGACUCUUGUGAUUCUAAGCAAGGAUCUUGCCUAUUUUAUAACAAUGAAGUCAUGAGUAAGAAUAUUCUGACAAUAGUUGUCUUGGUAAAAUUUUUGUCUUGUGUCUUUUUCUCCAUCGCAUAUUGUUCUUACCGCCCACCUGACGAUACUACGCCAACUUAUGUCAGAAACCAAUCUGUAACUGAACCUCCUACGGUAAAUUCGUCAAUAUCAAAAAAUGGCGGCAACUGUCCUGGAGAUAAUGUCCAGUGUCUAGGAAUCAAAUUCGUGUCCAGUCAAGGAGAUUCCUGGGAAACAUGUAAUGCAAAUACAAGUAGUGUCCUCUAAAGUUUGUCCAGAAGUAACAUAAAACUACUGAGCAUUGUAGGGAUGCUUUUUAAUGGCCAAAAUUAUUUACUUAAUAUGUUUGAAGAAUAUUUUAUUUAUUUGUACAGUUUUAUGGUUAUAUGUAAAAAAUUUAUUGUGAUAUAUAGUACAAGCCAUGUCUAGAAUGUUUGAUUUAAUGUUCGUGUUAAAUUUUGUAUUUAUCAUUGUUGCAGGAACUAUAAAAUGUA